AUUUUAUUUCUAAAUAAUAAUUUUUGAUUAUUUAUCUAUCUUCUCUAUCUCGUUCUUAUAAACAACCGACGGCUUACACUUUGUCCCAAUCAAGUAUCGUGUUUUGUGUUUACCUGUCGUCUGCGGAUGUGGUUAUGAAAGAAUGCCUUACUAAGGUUUAAAAAUCGUGAAUACAAGCUUUGUGUAAUUGCGAGCUGUGGUGUCGUGAACAUAAAACUCUAAAGUUUCUUCUGGUAACUGAAAAUUUGAAGAUGACCGUGAUGGAAUUUUUUGGAUGCGCAUUUUUAGCGUUCGGUCCUCCCCUUGCCAUGUUUGCAUUCACCAUCGCCAACGAUCCAAUUAGGAUAAUAAUUCUCAUAGCGAGCUCGUUUUUUUGGCUCCUGUCGUUGCUGCUGUCCGCGCUGUUCUGGUUCGCCGUCGUCCCGCUACAGCACGAACUGGCGUUCGGACUGGUUUUCUCGGUGUUGUUCCAAGAGCUGUUCCGCUUCUUCAUCUACAAGCUGCUGCGGAGGGCGGAGACGGGGCUGCAGAAGGUGGCCGAGAACACGGAGCGCAUCACGAGCAACAAGCACAUCCUCGCGUACGUGGCGGGGCUGGGUUUCGGCGUCAUCAGCGGGGCGUUCUCCCUGGUGAACGUGCUGGCGGACGCGGUGGGACCUGCCACCAUGGGGCUGAAGGCGGGCUCGCAGUUCUUCUUCGUCACGUCGGCGGCCACCUCGCUGUGCUUCAUCCUGUUGCACACCUUCUGGGGCGUGAUAUUCUUCAGCGCAGCCGACCGCAGGAACUACGUGCAGAUUGCGUGCGUUGUCGGGGGCCAUAUGAUGGCGUCCUGCUUCACCUUGUUCAACAGGGACCAGCUGUACGCAGCAUCGCUCGUGCCUCUGUACUCGGUGACCGCGGCGACGGGCGUCCUGGCGUUCCACGUCGCCGGGGGCUCGUGGACGAGCCUCAAGGCAGCGUGCUCGACCGGGAGGUAGGAGCGAGAGACGCUGGUGUAAGGUAACGCGCGGCUGGUCUCCAAGCUGUGGCAAGACUUUUUUUAACGUGGUUCAGUUUUGUUAGAUGUGCCCAGCUGCAUUCUAGUGUUGACAUGGUAAAAAACUUUAUUAGGCAUUUUAUAAUUUGAAGGCAAUAUAAGAUAAAUGUUUCUGGUAAGAAAUUUCACCAGAAAAUAAUAGACUUGUUCAUGUUUAUAUAACAAUUAUUUUUAUAUCUUUUCCAUUUUAAUAUUGUUACUUAAUUCAGCCUCAUUAGUUUUAAGGUGUGUAACAUGUUUUAUGGACUCAUGAAUCAGUGUAGUAGUAAAGUUAAAAACUUUGUGAAAGUUAAAAGAAAAAAAAAAGACCUUUUAAAUCUGAUUGUGCAGAAUAUGUUAUUGAUAUUUGCUGAACCAGCCAUUGUAUGAAAGUCAUAAAAAUACCUAUUGCUUUUGGGUAGUUCUUUAUAUAUUUUUUACAUCCAGGUAGGCUUGCCAGCUGAUUAUUUAUAUUUACUGAGUCCAUCUUUGGUAUUUGAUUUAGUUCCUUAUAGAUUUUAAAUAAGUUCUAUUUAUUAGUUUAAGUUAACAUCUCAUUCUUCCGUAGAGAAUCUUAAGUCAAUGUCUAUACAAGUAAAUGAGUUUUGUCAGCCCAUUGGUUUUAAAAUAUAUUUUUUUAAAGAUCUACUCAUGUUCAUGAGUCAUUGGUCACACUUCAAAACAUCUCUUAUUCGACUUGGGCAGUGUUGGAGUUAAACUACUCAGAUUAUGUACUUGCGAUCUGCACACUUCACUUGCCCGAUGUAAUAGAGCAGUUCGGACGCAUAUAACUUUUGACUUUACACAUGCGGUAAGCCUAUUUGACAGGUUGUUAACUUAAGUAUAUUUUUUAAAAUUAUAAAGAUGUGAUCAUAGCAAAAAAAUUUACACGGAAAAUUUUUAUGUUUCUGCAAUAUUUUGGCAAUUCUCUCGAAGAUAGAUGACCUUUAUUACUUAUGUGUGAUCAUUUAAUAGGUGCAUAUAUUAAUUUAAAAAAAUUUAUAAACUUUUUAAAGUAGCCUAUGUACCUACUUUAAAUAAUUAAUAUAUUAAAUACAUAUUUAAUAUGGUGCCUAUGAGUCUUUAAAUUACUAGUGCAACCAAGGAAACAUUUUUCAAAGUGGCAAUGUUUCUUUACCUGUAAGAGAUAAUUACACAGAUUAAUUUUUUAUGUAUACAUGCAAACUUUACUUCAAGUUUAAAUGCUUUUGUGAUUUCUCUUUUGGUGUCAAGUACCUACGUCCUACGUAUACUUAAGUGCAUUCUUAUGGGAGAGAAGGUAAAGUUGAAGGAGAAAUGAUUACUCACAAACACACUAAUAAAUUGUAUUCUGAUUGGAGAAAUUAGAAAGGUACCUAAUCAAAGAAGUGUUUUUUUAAACGUAACUUUAUAAAUUUUAUAAUUAUUUGGUCAUAUGAUUCGGUAAACAAUAUUUUUUUACCUACAAUGAAAACAAGACAGCCUUAGAACCAACAAAACAUAACUGCUCAAAGCCAAGAUGAUGACGAUAAAGUGGUCAACUGUAACAUAAAAUGUAUGUGCAAUCAUUUUUCUUUGUGACACCAACAUGAAAAUCAUUUCUGAAAUAUCAGAAGAACAUUCAUUUACUGUGCUAAGUGACAUAUCUAGAAAUAUCACAGAUGCAACUUUCCAUGCACAUGCAUGCAACAUGCAGGGUGUCACCAUCUGGAACAUCCCAUUUAACAUUUAAUUCAAGUGCUGUGUGUCACCACUAUUAAGGUCACAAUUGCAGCAUUGCAUGCUGCAUUUAUGCAAUGUAUUUCACAAAACUGUGACUGAAAUAACACAUUGCAAUGCUGUAACAACAACCCUUGCACCAUUUAUGCUUUAUGACAUAUAGUGGCUCACUCUUUAUUUUGCUUUCUCGUCCGAGUUCGAACUACGAGAUAGCUCACUUUGGAGUCAAGAGUGGGUUAUAAGAGUGAGCGAGAAGGCACUUUGUCAGCAACUUUCCUUUUUGUACUUCCGACACGGCCUCUUGCAUUGGGAACUUGAAAGGCAGCAUUGCCAUUGCAGUUAGCUGGAUGGGACCUCUGAAGAGUAUGCUUUCUUCCCCUAGGAAGAAAUAAUAAAUAAAAUAAGAAAUAAGUACAGUAAGAAAUAAACAACAUUCCAAGUUUUGUGUUAAACUAAACAACUGUUAGUUAGCAAACUAAUGUUUUUGAGCGAUUAAAUUUAUUUAUUUAUACCACUGAUAAAAUAUACAUUAUUCUAUAUUAUACAUUAAUAUACUUAAAAUUUUAGACAUAAGGUAAUAUCAUCCCAAAUGUAAAAAAAUACAUGAAAUGUGGCAAGCAUGCUGUAGUGUUUUUGUGACUGGAAAUCUUGAGUUAUAAAGUCAAGGAGCUAUUAAUAAUUUCAAUAAUAGUUUACUUUACCAACCAAAUCAGUUGUGAGCUUUACAAAGUAGUCAUCUUUGACUACCAUCUUACUGGCAUUUUGAGUGCAUCUUUGCAUAAUUUUCACAGGAGAAAAUUGUAAUUUAGUUUUAAUGGGUAAGUCAAGUGUUAAGCUCAGAAAAUCUAUGUGCACCACACCAUCAAACGAAGGGAAUAUGGAAUGACCUUAUUUGAUUCCUACACUAAAAUACUACAUUGCAGUUAGGUAUCAAAAAUUACUCUUUAGGUAGGGCCUAUGUUCGUUUGUAGACAAAGCUGCAGUAAUUAGUUAUUUGCACUGGGAGCGACUGACAACACUGAUUUGUGAAUAUGCUGUUUGUUCCUACAGCCCAGUCUUAUUUUGCAAAAAUAAAAUAAAAAUGAAAGGUUUACUGCCUAUAACUGCAUAUAAUUCAACAAAAAAUUAAUUUUGUUUUAAACCUUGUCAAUUCAGCAGCAAAUAAAAAACAAGGUAGGCUACCUAUAUCUAUGUGUUAGCAUCUUAUGGAAUAUGUGAAAUUAAAGAUGAUUUGCCAAUAAUAAGUUUGUUUUUGUUUACGAAAAUAACAGUAGGUAAGUAAUAUUUGUUGAGAAAGUAACACACCUAUGUUUGUGACUUUCUACAUUUUCAUGUAAUUGACACUUGCCUUCAAUUCUGUAAGCCUACUUUAUUUGAAAUUGUCAUCUGAUGAAGAGAGAAUGAAUUUAGAUUUAAGAAUGGCUUUGGAAAUUUGUUUGAUUUAAGGAGAACUAACUAUAUGUCUCAUAUUAUAUCAUGAUAGUGAACAUUUUCUUAGCAUUAAAGUGAAAUGGUUUUGUUAAGGGUUGUUUUCAAAAUUAUAUUGUUACAGUGAUCUUCUUAUUUGAAACUAGAACUUUAUAUGUAACAAAAAAACUAAUGUCAUUAACUUAAUUUAUAGUUGUUAGAUUAUUACCUAUAUAUUGUUUGUAGUUAUGCACCAAUAAUUACUUCAAAAAUUAUUUCACAAAUGUACCAGUAUGUAAUGAAUUUUCUCAAGAGAUUGAGUGGAUGGCUUGUAUACACAGUUUACUAAAAUAAACUGAAAACACAUCUAAAAUGUGUAUAUUGUAACUAUACUGAAAAUAAUAUAAGUAUUUUGAUGACACAGAAACUUUUAGGAAUUUGAAGACAUUUACUGAAUGUCAAAACAUGUUUAAUUGGAAACAAGAGCAAAAUUAACUGGUAAAAUUUGUAAAAAAAUACGAAGUGUACAUUUUUGUUCUAAUUCUGACGUAUUUUGGUUGAAAUGUGCAGGUUAUUUUAUUAGAAUGUGAUGUUGCUAUGUAGGAAGUGACAUUAUUUAACCUCGCUUCUCCUUAGAGGUGAAAUUAUCAAAGCCAUUUUAUAAUUUAAAUUAGACACUCAAAAAUAAUAUCAUACAGUCAUUUGGGGUAACUUUGUUCCACACAAUGAACAUAAUGUGCAUUUAUCACUACCAAAUCAUAUUCACAUAUUUCUUAAGACCAAAACUAUUUAAAGAUGAUAUCAGACUACAAUAUAGCCAACAAAUAAAAUUCAUAAAAUUUUCAUAUUUAAAUAAUAAUCAUGAUUGAAUAGUGGGCCAAAGUUACACUUAUGUUUUGGAUAACUUUGUACCAUUUUAUAUAAAAAUUUUAUAUAACAAACAGAGAGUUAAAACAAUAUUUUACAGUAUAUAAUACGAAGACAUGUUAUUAACAGUGCAACUACAAAUGCAAGUUAAAUAUUUUCUUUUCAUUCGAUCUUGCUGCACAUCUUGGUACCCAAACACAUGUGAUCAUCUACAGUGAAAUGUAAAACAAACAUGUACAAUUUCAACCAUUCAUGCUUCAGUUAGACCUCACAAGUAUUUCAAAAUAUAAAGAAAGGUAUUUACUAUAUACACCAAUAUUCAUUACACUUACUUCGUUUUCUUUUUCACUAAAACAUAGUUUCUAAUUCACUCAUCAUCAUCAGAGCACAGAAUUGGAUCAUUUAUGCGUAUAAUUCCUCUUUUGUUCACAAGUUUCAUGCAAGAUUCGUCAAGUUUUUUAAUUAUAUCUUCUUCCUAGUACCAUAUGGCAUCUUUCUUCUCAGGCCACACCCAUGUUUUCCCUUUUUUUGUAAUACAGCUUAUUUCAUAUAAAGUAGUAUUCACUUGAUCUUGUUGUUCUACUGUGAUCACUUUUCCAGGGUAAUGAGCGCCUUGGUAUGAAACUAUCACAAAGUCCUCUAUAUUAUAUUCAUACGUCGGUUUAGCAAGUUGAUUUGUCACGAAGUUAAAAUUUGGAACUUUUGGCAUAUAUUCCAAAGCUGAUUCACAGAUAUCAGUGUCUCGAUCUGCAAUCAGUAAUGCAGGCUCACUGGUUUCGGCCACAUCACAGUUGUUAACAACUAUCUCGGCUAAGAGGUGUUGAAUAGGAGCACUUUCUUCAUCAUUGUUUUCUUUUGGAGUAGGCACUAUUAUUCUAAUCCAUAACCUAGCUUUACAUCUUCUCCCUCCUCUUGUUCUGGCACUUGAUAUUGGUCGUGAUGCAUUCUCUGAUAUUUCAGUAUAACAGUUCCGGUCUAGUUAUUCAGAACUGCUGUUCACUUCAAGUGUUCUUUUCUGUCCACGUGUGUUGCCACAUUCUUUGUUAAUGUAGUAUUCUUUGACCUCCUCCACAGAAAUACUUCUUCCUGGUUCAAUGGGUAGUCUGUAUUUCUUUACCUUUUUAACAGUUAGGUCUGACUCCCUAAUAUCUUCAAGAUAUUUCUUGAACUUAGUGCCCACACAUUCUGUUAUGAGUGAUACUGGUUUUGCAUAUCCUGGAAGAGCUUCAAGCACUCUGUUACAGUCCACUGGGUAAAGGCCACUCUUCUCAAAACCUUUAACCAAGUUUGAUGAUGUUGUGCUUUGACCGCAAAGCAAAGCUUUGGCUAACAGUUCAUUAAAACACCUUUGGGUAGACACACUUUCUUCUUUCCUUCUGGUGUUUUUUUCCACUCAGCUAGGACUUGUCUCCAGUUUGUCUUCAAAGAUGAGAAGUAGGCAAUGUCUAGUGGUUGCAGGAGAUGUGUCGAGUUUGGCGGAAGGCAUAUGAAGCUUAUAUUGUUUUCUUCACAUAAAUUCAAAAUUUUAAUUGAAAUAUGGGAGGACAAAUUGUUCCCAAUCAGUAUUUUCUUUCCCUCUUUUCUUAUGGCAACUGGAAGAAAGUGAAACUCAAACCAAUCAUCAAACACAUUUUGAUCCAUCCAACCACUUUCAGAUGAAUUAAUUUUUGUUCCAUGAGGUGCAUUAUACAGCCAGUCUGUCCACUUCUGUUUUCCCUUAAAUAUAAUAUGAGGGGGUAUGAAUUCGCCUACUGCAUUGCCACAGAACAUUACAAUGUAACAAGACUUUGAUGUGUUGAGAAUUUUCUCUGGAUGUCUGCACGCCCGAUGGAUCAAUACUUUUCCUUUUGAAGGGGUGCCAUGGAAUCCAGACUCAUCAUAAUUGUACAUGUUUUCUGGCAGGACAUUUACAGUUUCCGUUUAAAACUGCUCAAAGAACUUCUUUUUUGUUGCCUCAUUCACGAGAGCUCUUUUUCUUGAAAUGUUAGUGGCAAACCUUUCACCAAUUUCAAAUUUGUGUCUUUCAAUGAAUGACUUACCCCAUUCCCAUCCUGGCAUAUUUCCAGGAAAGCAACGUACUUUCCUUUUUGCAGAAUCUAUGUAUGAUUUAACAAUCAAUUGGUAAUCAAAUUGUGAAAUGGGAAUACCCAUAUCACUAACAGUGAUGCAGUGCCACACAAAAAUAUUUUCUUCUUCUGGAGAAAAUAUAAUAGGGCGUCCGACUUUACGAGUACCUAUGUCUAUUUUUAAUUUUGUUAACAAUUGUCUAUCUUGGAACUCCAUACACUCUAGCUGCUUCUCGCUGAAUAAUACGACCUUCAGUUACAUCUUCAAUAAUUUUGGCUAACAGAUCUGCUGAAUACCUUGUUUUUGUCCCAUACUGUCUCGUUCCUGGCUGAACUGCUCGUUUCCGCACCAUAUCUGAGAUGAACAAAAAAAAACUGUUAACAAUUGAGUAUGUAAUAAUAUUAUUUUUAAUAUUUAGGUACAUAUAUAGUAUUAAAAUCUGCAAAUAAUGCUGUGUGUAAACAAAUAUUUUAAUGUAAUUCAAUAUGUAACAAGUUCACUACUAAUAUUUAAACAUGUAUGUAUAUAUUUACAACCUGUGGUGAUUUCAGUAAAAGGUAUUGAAAAACAAUGUCAUUUCAAUUUAAUAUCGUAAUAUACAACAAUUAUAUUCCUAAACAUGUAAUUAUAUUACAAGUGAUGUAUAUCAAGAUAACUUUGUACCACAUUUGGGGCAACAUUUUACCGGUACAAUGUUACCCCAAAACAUGUUUGAAAAUGCAGUGAUAUUUUUAUAUGGUUCCGCUUUAAUGAAAUAUGCCAUUAUACCAUUCAAAUAAACAGAUACCAUAAUUAAUAACCUAACUAAAGCAUUUAAGGAUAAUCACUACACUUAAUAGUAACAAAUUUUACUUACUGUUGCAACUUGCAAUCGGUCUACAAAAAGGUGCACUUUAUACCACCAUAGAAUAACUACUACUGCUUUCCAAAGACUGUGCACACAAGAUGGAUAUCUUGUAAUGCUUCCGCACAAAACAUGACAAAAUUAAACUUUCCUGCAACCUUUACUAUCAGCAGCAAGGGUAAUUUUGAAAAAAAAAAAAAUAAAAAAUUUAAGUGAAAUGAGAGACUGGUACAAUGUUACCCUGAGGGUUACAAAGUUAUCCCAAAUGACUGUAAUAUUUCUUAAUGUCAUUCAAUCAAAAUUUAAAUGUCUCUCAUCUUCAUGCCAGUAUAAUGUAACAUGAUAACUACAUCUAUGGCUGAAUUUUUUUGUUAAUGUUUCUCAAAAAGGUUUGAGAUGUCAGUUUCAACAUUUAUUUAUUGUGCAUUAGAUAAGCCUUGCUUUGCAAAGUGUUUCUUAAAACAUGAAAAGUUUAGUAUCCUUUGACUGUUUCAUAUUGGGACACUACCACCAAUGGCUCAGUGUGGUUUGAAUUAAUUACUAGAGAAAUAUCUACUUGCCAAUGUAUGAUAUUGGUAGCAUUGUCAACUCAAGGUGUGUGUACUUACCUCAUAGUGAUGUAUUAGAGCUUUUCAGUAGGACAAGAAAGUCAGUUUUAUUUUUAUACAUAUCCCAAAUGUUGUUUCCCACAAGUAUUGCAUCUCAUUUGUUCCUGUAUUUUUGUUUUUACCAUACUUUAAAAAAUCUUGACCAUGACAAGCAAACUACUUGGUUAAAAAAAAAUAGAAUAUAUCUUUUCUCUUUUACAGUCAAAGUGUCUGCCAGAUGUGUCUGAUUGUGGACUCAAUGACGAAAGUCAGUGUAAUGCUAGCAGUGACGCUGUCGAUUGAACAACCAUUGCGUGUCCGUGACUGGCCACAACACUGCAGAGUUCCGGAGUGAAUGUUCCAGUUCCAAGUAAUGUUUAAAGGCAUUGUAGUGAACAUUUGAUUACAUUAAGCAUUGUAUUAAGAUGCUAAUGUUUAAAUAUCAUGCAGCCAGACUGAAUUCUUAAGAUUAGGACAUGGAUCACCAUCAUUUAUUGAAAUUAAUUGAUUCAAUCAGCAGUUGGUUGAACUGAACCUUUAUUCAACCACUGCAAACAUACUUAUAUGAAAAUAAAAAGUAAGAUGAGUUGCUACUGUCUAAUCACCAAUGAUAACAGAUGGUUUAGGUUCAGAGCUUUUAUGCUGCUAACUUUUCCAUUCUGUAUUAUUAUUAUUGUUGUUAUUAUUUUUAUCUUGGUGAGAUGGGAACUUCCUGUAGUGGAGCUUUCGAUCUGACAGCAGGGGGCUGUGUUUGCUGGGGCAUUGUUCUGAAGUAGCUUGGGUUACAUGUUUGAACCUGAUCACUAUAAUUUUUUAACUUAUUACUUAAUUAGUACCAAUUUGAUAACCAAGUGGUUCAGAGCCCAAUGUAAUCUUAACGGUGCAACAAUUUUUAAUCCUUGUUGCCUGUGACUGUGUAUGAAGUUGCAUGAAACCUCACUAUAAAAUUGAGUAGCAUUCAUAUUGCUGUUCAUAUACUUUAUUUAUACAAAUAUACACUCUCACAGAGACAGGCAGAAUGAGACAUACAUAUAUGUUUACUAACACAACUUUCUUUUAAUUUUUAUAUGCUAUAAAAUCCACUCUACAUCCAUUAUUGUAAAAAUUAAAAUCAUUCAAUUUCUUAUUAAUUAUUUCAUCAUACAGUUUAAAUUAAUAUGUGGUACCUACAGUGCACCAUCAAUGAUUACUGAAAGAACAGUUGUUGAUAAUAUUAAACUUAACAUAGAAGAUUUAGACAUAUAUAGAAUAAAUAAUUUAAAACAUUCCAUAAAGACCCUAUUUUAAACCUAAAUAAUUGCAAGUGAAAGUUACUAAAGUAUGUAGAAUAAAUCCCAGAUUCUACGUUUUAAUUGAGUAAUUUUGAAAAUAAAAUUUAUUUUGUGCAUAAAUAUAGUGUUAUAGGUUUAAAACCCCAUAGUUGUGUAAACUAUUUCCUUCAAACUCACCUCAUUUAUUUCCAUGUUCUUAUUUCGUUAAUAUUUUUGCCAUGUAUAAACACCACAAAAUUUUUUAAUAAUUUGUCUGUCUUUUUGGUACAGUGAGUAAUAGUAGAGGAGCCCAUGAGGCUAAUAGGGGAUUUGCUCAAGCGUCAUGGGGACCUCUUGGAUUUUGAAAAUUAGGUGAUAGGAAGAAUAAAAGUUUAUAGGCAUAUUAUGUUUUCUCUUUCAGCAGUGGGGUAAGUGUCUACAGGUUUUCAAAAAUGUAAAAAUAAACCAUCACAUAGAAAUACUUGAGCGUGUCAGAUAUUGAUAGUUUAGGUGCCCCAACGUAUCUCUGAUAUCAAAAAUAUAUUAAUCUGCCGGCUUGCGUGGUGGGGGUGGCCAUCCAGAAGAGUAAAACAUGGGUGGGGUGUGGAAUUAUUCGAGCAAGUCAGAUAUUCAGAGAGGGGAUGUUAAGUAAACCCUUCAAAUGCUCCCAUUCAAAAGACUGACAAUUAAAGCCAUAUUAAAAUACUUGAGCAUGUCAGAUUCAUAUACAGAUGGUUCAGCUUGAGGUCCCAGUCGUGCUAGCCUAAAUUCUGACGAUUAUUUGGAGGGGAAUUGUUAAUCUGACGGCCAUACAAUUUUUUUUUAAUGAAUUUUUUUUUUUUAAAUAGCCAUGAAAUGUAACAAAUAAAAGCAUGAAAAAUUAAGUAGAUAUUUAGAAAUAUAUAUCAUUCAGAAAAAAAGUAUAUAAUUGUUGAACAAAAAAUAUAUAUAUUUUUUCCAAUGUUCAUCUUUAUCCGAGGAAUUAUCGUACUGCAAAUCUACUGAUUCAAGUGGGUCGUCCAUAUUAACUGCGGUUUCCAUAUUUGUAACAAGAAAUCGUUAUAACACUUAACAAUAUUCUAUUUAUUCCAUGAUAAGUGUGUUAUUAAAGUAUUGAAAAGAAAUAUACGUAAAUCAGAAGUAUCUCCUAGAAUAACUGGUGUUAUGACAUCUUCACAGGCUUCUGGUAGGUGAUUACCAACGAACCAGGUGCAAGAGAGUCAGAGAUAGGGAGAAAGUGAAAGUGAGGUGUGGAGUGGGGAAAACAUGCUUUACCCCAGCUGCACGCAUUAAAUUUUUUAGAUGAUUUUGGUUACUUCGGCAUGUGGAAAUCGGCAGAUUAUAUUUUUCUUGUUAUUUUUGCAUUAUUUUCUUCAAAAUAAAAAUAAAAUUCAACCACGCUCAAGAAUGUCAAUACUUUUUUUUUGCAAGUUUGUGACCCUCACACUUCCUUACGUUAUGCUCAAAUCAUCAGAUUAUUGAAAUGCGUACUUUUCAGCUAGUAACUAAGCCACCUUACCUUAAUCUGAUGCACUUGAGUAUUUCUGACAGCCAAAUUUUUUUUUUACUAUUCUGAUGGGUUGCCCUAGAUGUACGUUCCUAUAUAAAGGGCUUAUAUAUGGUAGAGGUACUCAACAAAAUGUUCAUGUUCAUGUUCAUCUGCCGCGCUCGAGUAAAUCCCAAAAUCUCCUAUUGGGCUCCCCUACUAUAAUGUUGUAUUAUACCUCACAAAAACGUUUGAUGGGUGGUGUAGGUACACACUGACCUGCGGUUGAGGCCUAUACUGUGUUUCCGUCCAGGUUAGUGAUGUCAUAGCAAAUUUCAAAAUUGGCUGGUUUAGAAUAGGUAUUGUCGGUUGGUUGUGGAAACAAAAUAGAGUGGUGUUAGGAAGUAAAACAAUUUGUUUAUUAGCAUUGUAGAAUUGCACUAGCUAGGUACCAGUUUAAUUGUAACCAUUUUAUGAAAAUAUGGAAUGACUGCAGUUUGAAAGAGAAGCUAAGUGUGUCCUUGGAAUGCUGAAUUAUUGUUUGUCCAUCUGACAGUUUAUUUUUAAGUUUUUUAUGAAGUUAUAUUAAGUUUGUAUUGUUUUCAACCAUUUCUUUGAAACAUCUGACUAUUUUUCACUUCUUUCUCCCAAAUAGAGUAAAUACUUAUUUGAAAACUACAGUAAGUCCUCGGUUUACGUCGGGGUUACGUUCCUGAAAACCGCGACGUAAAUAGAAACGACGCAAAAUGAGCCAUGUUUCAUGCCACCGGCCGGCCACGGCCCAAGGUCGGCCGGAAGCGCUGGCAUACAGACGUGACAACGGGCAAUUUUAUCAGCAAAUGACAACCGACAGCGUGGGAAACAAGUCCAACUAGUACUUUUCAGCUUUAUAGAAUGGUUAUUUAACCAGCUGCUUUAUUACCUUUAUUGAUUGAAAUAUAAAGCAGCGGAGAGCAGGAAGCGUCCCUCAUGAUGUAAGAUAAGAUAAGGCGGUGAACGUGUAGCUUACGCUACAUAGCAUAAAUUAACUACCGAAGGAAGCAAAGAAUUAUAAACGAAUUAUAUACGGUGUUUUGGUUAAAAUAAAGAUUUACGGUAAUUGUAAACGACGUUUUUGUGAAUCGGCGACAACUUAAAUUGAAACAUGAGUACUCAAACAUUAGCGACGUUAAUCUGAAACGACAUAAAUCGGUACGAUGUAAAUAGAGGACUUACUGUACCUACAUGUGUGAACCAGUUUUUGAUGAUGUGUGUUGUCCGAGACGGACGUCUUGCCGGCUGGUGUCUCUUGUUUGUCUGCAAAAUGACAUGAAAGAUUGUAGCGAUGUAUAGACUGUUUCAAGUUAGCCAAGUAUGUUUCUUGCAAUGAUACAUUCUCCACACCUAGAAUUUUCACCCAAGAAAACAUCUUGUAAUAAUUGUAGAUCUAUCGAAGUUUAUUAAAAAAAAUUGUGUUACACUCUCCCCCCCCCCCCCCCCCCCAUCUCACUGUAAAAGCAUAGUAUGUCUGCUGAUUGCUGUCCUUAGUCAUUUUAAAAGCUGGAUAGUUAAUUUUUGUAGAAUGCGAUUUGUCUAUCCAAAACAGUCAUUUACAUUGCUGGUUAUCAAAAAACAGUUGGUACUUUAUAAACUUAUGCUUUGUGUGCCACUGUAAAUAUUUUUUUUGUGUUAUCCACAUAUUCAUAUAAAGAACUACACUAGCUAUAACUUUUCUGAUUAACCAUUUGUUUAGAUAGUGCUUACUUAAGGGAUGUGGUUUUCUUGUGCGUUCAAGAAUGGCAACUGCAAAGUCAUGAAGGAACAUGGGUACCUAUGCAUAGUUAUUUUAAGUAGCAUUACAGUAAAUAUUUGAAAGUUUUCACUGCUUUUUAAUAUUGUAUCACACAAAUAUUUUAUGUUCAUCCUUUUUUAAGAGAACAAUUAAAAAAAUAUAUAUUCCAUGAAUACAUUAUCUUCUGUAGAUAACUUUAUUAUACACUAAGUAUAUAAUUAUAUUGUUAAUUUCACUUGUAAAAAGUUUUCUGUGAAAUAAGCAUGCAUUAUUUGUCUGUUAUAAACAUUUCUUAACAGCUC